GUCGCGCCCGACAGCCUGCCUUGGGCCAAGCUUCAGGACCAGAUCCAACGCGACAUUAAACACAUGGCGAAGAAGGCCAGGCCAGCGAUGGACGGGUCGCGCUUCGAGCAUUGCAUGGGCAGCUGCCAGGAGAUCCGGCGCCUCACAUCGCAGAUCGGUGUGGCGUGGGCGCGCGGGCUGGCACCUGCAGUAGCCUAUUCGGCGUGCCGCGUGGGCAGACUGCUCACGCCGGCCAAGCCUAAAGGCGGGCUGCGGCCGUUGGUGAUCACGGCUGUGCUGAGGCGCAUCGUCUUGAAGAGCCUAGCCCGAGCCAUUACGCCCGAAAUCCGCGCGCUGCUGGAGCCCGUGCAGCACGCGAUCGGCGUGGCAGGUGGCACAGAGAAGCUGUACCACACGGAGUCGGCACUGCUAGCGGGCUGCCCGGGGAAGGUGAUCGUGGCCCUCGACCUCAAGAACGCCUUCGGUUCGAUGAGUAUGGCGGUGAUGCGCGAGGCGAUGAAGAAGGUCGCGCCGGAGUUGAACGCACUCGUCACGCGGCUCUACGCGGGGGUCACGCCGCUGCUCUGGGAGCAGGCGGGCGGAGGAAAGACCGCAUUCCAGGCCAAGACUACGCAGAAAGCAUUCAUGGACGACGUCUACUCGGUCUGCAACAUGGCAGACGCAGGCGGGGUUAUCAAGGCCUUCGGCGAAACAGCAGCACUAGCAGGCACGGAAUUGCACCCCUCCAAGAUCCACAUCUUCGGGGCGCAGCGGCACCAGCUCCCAGGGCACCUUCAGAAGCACCACGUGGAUAGCAUGACCAUUUUGGGCAACCAGGCCGAGCGCACCGGCGACUCCAUGCCCGUGUUGGGCACCCAGGAGAGCGAGUUCGACGUGAUCAUCGGCAAAGUGGCGCGCGAUGUGGACCGCAUCCUCGACCUGCAGCGCCACGGGCUGAGCCUCCAGACGGCGCAGGUGCUGUCACGCACGCUUGCUGCAACCAAGCCCCAGUACGUCAUGCGCAGCACGCUCGUCUCAGAGGAGGGGCGAGCGCGUUUCGAGGCUGUCACGGCGAAGGUGUGGGAGCGCACCGUAGCGGCAGCUUGGGACGAUGGCCAGCUAACGCCGGCCAUGCGCGUCCAGCUACAGCUCCCCCUGUCGGCGGGUGGCUUUGCAGCAGGAGGCGUCCUUGACCGAGCUCCGGCGGCGUUCCUCGCAGGCACGCUGGCAGCCCUCCAGGAGGUCCACAAAGAGCUGGGCACGACGACAGUCGAGCACUUGCGCCGGCAGCACCCGAAACUCAUCGCGGACGUGGAGCAGGCGACCGCGGAGCCGGUGGCAGGUACAGGCUCCCGGGUGCCCGCGCUAUGGCAGGCGGAUCGUCAGCGCAACCUCCGAGGCCGCCAACAGGAGCGGACAAAGGCAAUGCAGGCGCAGCGUCGGCAGCGGCUCUACCAGACGCUCGGGCGCCGGCAGAAGAUCGCCCUCAAUGAGGCGGCGGAGGACGGCGGUAAGUUUGUGCCGGCGCCGACGCGCGAGGAGCACCGCAUGGCGGACGCGCAAUUCGCCGUCGCGACGCUCCGCCGCUUUGGCGUGAACUGCUGUCCAACCGGGGCGACCUGCAAGAACAGGAAACCCACCGGCGAGGUCUGCGGUGCCGCCUUGGAUCCGGAGGGCCACCACGGCGCCAUCUGCGAGUGCGGCGGCGGCUUCGUGCGCCGGCACGACAGCGUCCGAGACACUCUCCAGAAGAGAUGGGGCGCAACGGGGCGGUGGCGAGACUCGACGGUCACGAUUCCAGGCAGAACAACAGAUUUCCUGGACGUGGCUGUGGUCGACUCGCUUUCCGCCUCGGUGGGCAUCGAGCUGCAGCGCGCGGCGACGCCCGGAGCUGCGGCGGCGGCGAUGGAGCGCGAGAAGCGUUCCAAGUACGGGCCAGACACCCGCCUCGUGCAGUUCGUCCUGGACAGCCGCGGCCGGCUCGGCCUCACGGCGAAGAGCUGGUUGUGCCACGCGCACGCGGGCAAGGCGCCAGAGCGGCACUCCCUCCUCCGGGAGCUGGACGCGCUGGCACAGUCGCACACCGCGAGCAUGGUGAUAGCCAGUGCGACUCAGUUUACCAGGGCGCUCACCAGCGUGUCCGUGCAUAAAAGGCUGUGGAGCUCCAUCUCAAGCCCGUGCCUGAUCACCGCUAGCGGCAACCCCUUCUCGGCCACGCUGUUCGCACCCGGUGACGUGCCGCGGAGGAGGAGACGCCAUGGAGGCGAUGAUCCCCGAGUGACCCACAAGGCUGAGAGCUAGCUGACAUAUGCUGGUGCAGCCUUACGGCCGCGAGGACUCUGAAGUUGAGGUGGCAGAUCCCAGGUACGAGAGCGGCCGCUGGUCCGUCCGACCACAACUCAGCGAUGAAUACACCAUCAAUAAGGGCUUGAGCGAAGUCAGCCGAGAUUGCCUGGACGGACGGUCCCACGCACGCGUGUUCACAGAGUGGCUCUGGUGGUUCCGCUUGAGACCAUCAAGCGAACCUCUUGAACUGUUAACGUUGCUCCGGUCAACUGUGGCAAUGCCUUCAAGGACCUAGGUGUGACCAUCAAACGACUUUGACCUGGCCCGUCAAGAGCGUAAACUACCACUGUGACGCUUCAUCGGAAAAAACUGGGGCAGCUUUAGCAUGAAACUUCAAAGUCUGAACCAAGUACUUGGAAUCAUUGUUUCUGUGGCUG